UGAAGGUCAAUUCCCGCGAGGACUGUAACGAGAUCAUCGAGGAGAUGGCGCUGCCGAAGAGUUGCGUGAACAACGAGAUUGCGUUGAAGAAGAUAAACAUCCGGUUUUUGGCCAAGUACGAGACAGGUGAUUUUCACGGUGAGGAGAAGGAGCCGACGAAGAGGAGGACGAUGAGAAGCGGGAUAAUCGGAGGUAGCCAGAGCGGAUGUUGCACUCGGUGCCGGCGAUUUACAACACCUCUCCAGCCGAAUGUACCCUGGACAGCGUGCCGAAAAAAUCUGUGUCAUUCUCGGAGGAUUAAGUGCUCGAAAUCGAAUUCCGUUCCGAGGGAUUCAUCAACCCAAUGUUCCGGAUGCGCUUCCAGAAUCGGGAAUUCCCUGUUCAGGCACUUCACUUUCCAGCCUGGAAACGUCUAUCACCCUUGCCGAAUCUACAGCCAACUUCUCCAAACCUGUCUUGAUGAAAGCCGGCAACGUGACCAUCCUGUUCUCUACUUUGCUGUCGCGCGUCGAAACGUCUAUCCGGAUCCGUCCAGCUUGGGGUCUUCGGAAGUGACCGGUGGCGUACCCUAAGAAUCGGUACAGCUUGGACUCGGAUUUUGGCCAGAAGCUUUCAAUACAAUAACAAAAUUGUUGGGAGAGCGUCCCUAUUCUACGCGGCGACUCAUCACUUGACAACCGUCUUGUCAAGGUGACAGACGUCGGCCGCGCCUGAACCACGAAGUGGAGAAGAUUGUUAUUGUUCGUCAUUCGUUUAUUGCUUGUUCGUUAGUUAAGUUCGAUUUACAUUUUAAUAAAUGUUUUAAUCUGUUUGUUACGAUAUGUGCUUCGUCUUUUCAUAUCGUAACAAAAAUGUAUUUUUUUAACAUAGUGUUUGAAACUUUUAAAAAUAAAUAUAAA